UUCCAUCGGCACGCGCCUCCAGCACAGAGCAGCGGCAAGAGACGAUCGCGCGUGUUCCGCUAUUCAGACAGUACAGACACGUAAAUACCGCUCAUAAACAUCCGAAAGAGAAGCGACUUUAAACAUGGUCGACCGUGAGCAGCUGGUUCAGAAAGCCAGACUGGCAGAGCAGGCUGAGAGAUAUGAUGAUAUGGCUGCUGCCAUGACAUCGGUAACAGAGCUGAACGAAGCCCUGUCCAAUGAGGAGAGGAACCUGCUGUCCGUGGCCUACAAGAAUGUGGUGGGAGCACGCCGUUCAUCCUGGCGCGUCAUCUCUAGCAUCGAGCAGAAGACCUCGGCCGAUGGCAACGAGAAAAAGAUCGAGAUGGUUCGCGCCUACCGUGAGAAAAUCGAGAAGGAGCUGGAGACUGUGUGCCAAGAUGUGCUCAACCUCCUCGACAACUUCCUGAUAAAGAACUGCAGCGACGGCCAACACGAGAGCAAAGUCUUCUACCUGAAGAUGAAGGGCGACUACUACCGUUACCUGGCGGAGGUGGCCACGGGCGAAAAGAAAGCCACAGUGGUGGAGUCUUCUGAGAAGUCCUACAGCGAAGCCCACGAGAUCAGCAAAGAGCACAUGCAGCCUACGCACCCUAUCCGUCUGGGUCUGGCGCUCAAUUACUCCGUCUUCUACUACGAGAUCCAGAAUGCACCCGAGCAGGCCUGCCAUCUGGCUAAGACGGCUUUCGACGACGCAAUCGCCGAACUGGACACCCUGAAUGAGGACUCCUACAAAGACUCCACCCUCAUCAUGCAGCUUCUGCGAGACAACUUGACGCUCUGGACAAGCGAUCAACAAGACGACGAAGGAGGUGAAGGCAACAACUAAAGCCGGAAGAAUCUUCAAGACCCUCUUGCUCUCAGCCGUAUCAUAAAACACGCGUGCUCACGCAACAAGCAAAAGAAAACAUGAAAUAUAUGUUCAAUGAAAAUGUCACACAAGGGGGCAUGGUGGAAAUACGCCAGCCAUGUUUGCUGAUAAUAAAGCGGCGCAGUUUUCUUUGUUUACCACAAGAAACUAAAUCAAGACUGAGUUGAAAAAUAUGCUAGUUAAAAAAAACGAUUGUAUGCUUCAGAAAUACAAAAUGUAUUAGCUUAUAAGCAUUAAAUAAAGCUCUCCUUCUUUGCGGUCUCGAUGACAUUUAUUCAAACACGCUGAGGAAAAAGCUCGUCAUUCAGCUGUUGUAAAUGCCAGCAGGGUUACGAUAUGCCCACACGCUGGCAUAAGGACUGUUCUUGUAGUGAACCACGAAGUGGAGCUGCUUGUACUCAUUUCUAUAGUAUGGGGUAUUUCAAAUCGUUAAGGGCUUAAAAAACUAUCACUUGAAUGUUAUCGCCUCGCAAAAGUAGGAAUUUGCAAAUAGGCUGCACUGGGAGUGAACGGUUGUGUUUUGUCUCUGAUAUACGUACAGAGGGAUUCUGAAUGCACUCGUUACUGUUAGAAAGUCAUUUACUGAAAAACUGGUUGUCUGUGCCAUUUAAACUACACAGUGUUAGUAUGCAUCUCGCCUUGGAACUACACCGAACUAUUGUAGUGUCAUGUUGAUUAGGUGCGCUACAGUAACUCAGUUCCCCAGUUUCGUGCAUUGCCUUUAAAACCCAAAGUGAAGUCUGAUUCUCCUCUCGGAAUAUUGCAAUCGUUACAAUUAUCAUAUUAUGUAUAGUGUCAAGCCUGACCCACAUUAUAAUCAUUUUAAUACACUGAAGAGUAAUUCAAUAAAACCAGUUAAAUAGUCUGUAAAGGGAUUAAUGGGAAGGAGGCGGCGAGAACCGGCUUGACAAUAUAAAUAAUAGUUUCAUAUAAAACUGAACCAAAAAGACAAACACACACACACAGGUGUCGGGUAGAUGUCCGUAAAUCUCUCUCUCUGUCGCACUGCCGUCUCCAGGCUUGAUUAGCCUGAUUAGGGGCCGGAUGCAUGGAACCAGUCCCGCCCUCCACCCUCGAUCUCUCAGGCAUCUUUCCCUGGGGGGAGCGUGCCUUCCGCACUGUCUGCCGGCAGGUCAUCCCUCCCAUCUUCCUAAAUCUGGGAGGGGGUAAAAACACAGGGGGUACUCCCUGUAACAGCGCAGUACCCCCUAAAAACCAAAGUAACAUUUAAAAGAGAGGGAAAAGGCCAACGCGUAAUGCCAGCGGGAGAGAGAGAGGAGAAAUAAAAACACUUACUCGCCGGUUCUCCGAAACGCCAUAGGCUUGGUCCUCGGCCGCCACUCCACCCUCUAGCGGAUGACAGCCGCUCAUCCCCGGACGGAUCGGAGGCAGUCCUGCGGCCCCUGGCGGAUGGAACGCCCCGCCAAAUUUUUGGUGGACGGUAGGAGUCUCCUCCGCCCCUGGCACCGGUAACCGCUCCAGGCGUUUGGUUGGGUGCCCCUCCUUCUCUCGCGGUCGCCAGCCGUUCCUCCGCUUCCAGGCGCGGCUGCUCUGUUGGGGUGGAUGGUAGUGGCGAGAACUCCACUACGGCGCAUCCCUCCUCCUUCCCGGGUUUCGGCACCAGUGUAAAGGGAUUAAUGGAAAGGAGGAGGUGAGAACCGUCUUGACGAUAUAAAUAAUAUUUUCAAUUAUAAACUUAAACAAAAAGACACACACACACACAGGUGUCAGACAGCUGCCCGUAAAUCUCUCUCUACUGCACUGCCGUCCUCGGUCGGCCUUUAUCCCUCUCGGAGGCUCGAUUAGCCUGAUUAGGGGCCGGAUGUGCAGCAUCACGACCCGGCUCCGCCCUGCCACAUAAUCAAAUUAAUCAAAUAAAAAAACGAUGUUAUAACGAUAAAUCCUGAUAUUUGCAGGGGAAAAUAAACGACUACUAUAAAAGCAUUCCCUAAUUACAAAGUCCACUCGGUCACUAUUACAGGUAUAGAAUAUUUCAUUAUUCAGUUCAGCUGUUUGGCAGAAAGAGAUUUUAACAGUACACGAUGUGAAUCUAGACAUCUGUGAGAUUUGUGUUUUUCUUCAGUUAUUUGAUUUUCAUGAAAUGCACUCACUGUUUCUUAAUGUCGGACGAUUUCAGCUCCAAUAUUCUUGAUAAUACAAUAUUACUGCAUGCUGGUGAUGUAUUUAUAUACCGUAGCUCGACUUUAUUAAGAACGGUAGAUGUCAUGUGAUCAAGAAAUGACUCGAAUUGAAUCUAAUCCUUUUCUAUUGAUUACUUAAUAUUGGAUUGUUCAUGAUUGUUUUCCUUGCUGAAGUAUGUGAUACACAAACAGUGCGGGUUCAUCUGUUAUGUUGCUAUAGUGACAUGUGAUUCUUAUAUUUGGUUUUUAAUAAACAAAUCCAGAAAAGACAACAACAACAACAACAACAUUAAAAGAGCUCAUUAAACAAAAUCAGAGCUUCAAACUUUAAUGUCCUGUGAUUUGUCAUAUUAAAUUAUGAUGGUGAAACAGUUCAUGUUGAUUUUAAAAUCUGUCAGAUUUGCUAUAAUAUCAGAGUUUGUUUUUUUCUUCUUUCUGUAUUUUCUGUACGGAAAUCACUCAUUCACGGAACAUUACCGACAGUAUUCCCAUGAUUUCUAUUUCCUUUCUUUGUCCAUGUCUACAGGUAUCUUCCAUGUGAGUCAUGUAGCGAUUGCACAAAGGAAACAUAAUGAUGAUAAUAAUAAUAAUUCAAUAAUAAAAACAUGCUGUGCUCUUCUA